AGGUGUCCAGUUUGAGCGAAACAAGUGGUUUUGCGCCUGGAGUCUUCUGGUCGCGAUGUCCGGAAGAAUGGUGGAUGGCGCUCAGAGUGUGGACGGGCAGUUGGAAAGGACGGAGCAUCCCGGAGAGGCCGCAGCCUCGCCUUCGCGCUCUGGCAUUAAUGUGCAAUUACAUUUUGAAGUGGUAGUUCAAAAAAGGUUGAGCCUCCAUUUCUACUAUUGAGAACUGCCAACCCAAAAUAGAAACCAAAACAACUCCUGGAGCAGGUGCCAUUACUUGGAGGAAAAGAAACACAUAGUCCUGCCAAAGAACCACAUUUUCAUUUCUGCAGCAGUCCUUUGUCAAUUUCCUGCUGCAAAAUCUACUUCCUUUGUCAGUUUCACUUGCUCCUAACUACAAACUCUUCUUUAGGGUUGCAAGUGAUGCAUACCGAAUAGUUGAGACCACUGGGCAGGAUGGAAAACAAUUUCUGAAGCUGCUUCCCAUUUCUAACAUUUUGGGAAAUGUGGGGCCUGUCAUACAUUCUCCGGUUGUGUCUGAUAAUACAAACGUAAAUGCUUCUGUUCCUGGUUUUGUUUCUUUGAAGACUAUGUUCUCAAAUAUUUUAACAUCGCCACUUGAUAAGAUACCUACUGUUCUGACAGCAGCUCCUGGAAAGUUAAUCCUCCGAAAACAGUUGGAUGAAGUAGAACUAGUGAAAGUAACCUCCGUUGUUAAUCCAACUGUAACAAGCCCUUUUGUUCAGAAUAAUUAUGUUUCACCUGAUAAAUUAUGCUUGCAAAAGGAUACUUCUUCAAUGUCAUCAGUCAAAAACGAUGUUUUAACAAAUACCAAAAACCUUCCACUGACUGUUAAUUCUUCAAUUCUGCCUCCUGGACAUCACCUGCAGAUACCAGCUAAUGCAGAGGUGAAAUCUGUCCCAACAUCUUGCUUGCCCCUUGCUGUCCAACAGAAGAUAUUGGCUAUGGCAGUCACAAAUGCCUCUGUGACAUCCAAACCUGAAAAGCCACCAAAUAUUAUUUAUGUGUCGCCAGUAAGAACAGUGAAAACACCUUCUUCCAAAUGCUUGCAAAAUACAACUCCAACAGCUGCUGCAGAAGUGGGGAAACCUUUAGUACCAACAUCUGCACACACAGCGGUCAAUAGUUUUGUUCCAGAUGAGGUAUCAUGUGAUAGCCAAAAACCCCAGGAAACUCCUAUGAAAUGGGUCGUCCAGAAAAACCCACAGUCGUCAGCCUCUUGCCUUGUUCCUGUGAAGUCAUCAAAUUACAUGAUAUCGAAGAUGUUAAAAACUUUGGCUGAUAGGGAGAAUAUAAAAAACAGUCCUUCUGGCAUUCUGCCUGCCUGUUCUAAUAGUCUUAGUGAAAGCCAAGAAAAAUUAAAUUCUGUUAAAGAUAAUGCCUUGGUGUUGUAUAAUGGGAAGGUCUAUCUGCUGACAAGGAAAGGAUCCAGUGCCGGGUCAGCCCAGGAUGACAGACAGACAUCAGCCACGGCUGACACAAACGUCAGAAAACACGCAUCACAGUUAACUAAUUCAGUUUCAGCUAACUCAAUAACCAAUCAAGUUGUCAAUCUAGUAUUGUCAAAAAAUAAAAGGAUUGCGCUUAGUGCAAAGGAUUCAAAGUUAUGGGAGAAUGUUAAACCUCCUCUGUGGCCCAACCUGAACAAGAACUUACAAGUUGCACCUUUUCUUGUAAUAUCACCACAAGGGAAUAUGCAGAUAGGCUCUGUCGAGCAACAGGAGGCUGUGUCAGCAUCAGAAAACGUUCCCGUUGGAAUAAAAGCUGAUACUAAAACAGUGACAGAAGAAAAUGUGAACAUCAACAUCAUUCAGAAAACUAACUCUCCUGAAACUACUGCCUUAGAAUCAUCUGCAAAUUAUGAUGCUUCCAAUGAGGAAGAACAAAAGAUUGAGAAGAUAAACUCAACAGGAAUGGCUUUUCAGAACAAACAAAAGGAAGUGCAACACAGAAAACAGGACACUGAGAUCAGAAAAAAAUUUGGUCUGGUAAAAGAAGAAAGAGUACAUCUCGAGAGAAUACCUUUGCUAAAUUCUGUUGUAAAAAUGGAAGAAACUGAGUGGUCCAGUAAUGUACCUUUAAAUGACUCUUGCCAAUUGCUAGAGGCAAUAACUGUGAAACCUGGACCCGAAGAAGAGGAAAUGGUACUUGGGAAACAGGAUCUAGACAUAAAGAGGAAAGCUGAACUACCUGAGCCAGCGCUGGAAACUACAAAGCGGAGGAAAACCUCAAGUCCAAGUUUAGAUCACGAUGACUGUUCGUCCGUGAUGAAUAACCCAAGUAGUUCUUGUGGACAAGUGAUAUCACAGCAAGAAAAAGCUACAAAUUCACUGCAGUGUUUUCCAAGUGGGGAUUCUGACUCAAAUCCUUGUAUGCAGAGUAAUGAAGAAAGUGAAGUUAUGUGUCCUGCUUUACAUGGAAUUAAAAAUAACACCUCUUUUACUGCAUGUUCUCUUGGAGAAGAUAGUUUUCUGUCCAGUCCCCCAGACCUAGAAGAAACAAUAAAAGAUGAAAGAAUAGAAAGACUUAAAGUCCUUCUGAAGAAACAAGAGAAAGCACUGGAGGAGAUGCGCAAAAAACUGCAAGAAACGUGAGAGAACAAGUACAUAGUACAGAAAUUUAAUCAUUAUUUGAACAGAAUAAUUGAGAAAAGGAAUACAAGUAGUCACAUAAAUCGGAUGAUUGUAAUUCCUUUUGAUGAUAACCAGUUGAUAAUAAACCUCAACCCUGUUGAAUCACUGGUAUGUUACUUUUGGAAUGUUUCACAUGAGAAAUUUAAUUUUUUAAGUAGCAAUAAGUAUUUCUACUUUCUCUGAAGCUGAUAGAAUGUACCAAGAAAUUUUUGCUGUCUUUUCCCUUCCUUUUCAAAAUUUAUAUCCCUUUAAAUCUGAUUCCUGUUCAUCUAGGUUGGUAUGUUUUAUAAUCGUGCUGGAAUAUAUUUGUUGAUGAAAAUAAAUUCACAGACAUUUAUUUGUGGAAUGGAUAUGUGGAUCUAAUUUUGUUUUUUCCUCAUUAUAGAAAUAAAUUUUGAACUGUUCCGUAUAGAAUAACAUUUAGAUUAAAAAAAAAACAGUAGUGUGUUCAUCCAAUGUAAUUGUUUGCCCAAUUAGUGUUCAGUAUCUUUGGAACAGAUAUUUUAUGCAUAUUUUUACUAUUCAGUAUUCAUCUAUGUUUGGACGCUACAUAUUUUAGCUAUUCAGUAUUCAUCUGUGAAGGCCUGGAAUAAUAUUAAGAUCAACUGUGAGAUUCUGCCUUAUUCAGGAGACCAUGCCAGACAAAAAGCUUUGGGAUAGAUAUGUUAAAACAGGCAGGUGCUUUAGAUGCAUGGGUAAUGAAAACAGUUGAUCUUUAGGAAAUUUUCUGCAAAACCUGUCUUGCAGUAUUCCAGAAGAGAAAACAGUUCCUAUAGCUAUGUGAUUAUUUAGUUCAAGUUCACUUGAUUGUUGCAUUACUUUGUAUCCAUGUAUCCAUUUACAUUCUUUCAACUUAAAAUUAUUUAAAUGGAUUAAAGUUCCAUUAUAGAGGAUGGUGCAAAGUUGUUUUCUGUUGCCCCAGAAGGUUGGACCAGAACCAGUGGGUUAAGAGAAUUUUCAGCUAAACGUUAGGAAGAACUUCCUGACAGAGCAGUUUCUCAGUGGAACAGGCUUUCCUGGGAGGUGGUGGCUCUCCUGUGGAGGUUUUUAAGCAGAGGCUAGAUGGAUCUCUGAUAGCAAUGCUGAUUUUAGGAACUUAGAUCAUGAGAAUGGGCAGGAAGGAUUGCAUCAGUGGUCAGCUCUCAUGGCCCUUUGUUACGUGAUCAGAAUAAUGCUGAUCACCACUGUGGAGUCAGGAAGCAAUUUUCUUUUAGGCCUGAUUGACCAGUGAACCUGGAGGGGGUGUCCCCCCCCCCCAUCUUCUGGGCAUGGAGCAGAGGUUACUGAGAUUGUAAGUGAUAAGGUAGUUGUGAAUUUCCUGCAUUGUGUAGGGGGUUGGACUAGAUGACUCUAAAAAUACCCUUUGACGCUAUGGCCCCUUCCGCACACGCAAAAUAAUGCGUUUUCAAACCACUUUCACAACUGUUUGCUAGUGGAUUUUGCCAUUCCGCACAGCUUUAGUGCAUUAUUCUGCAUGUGCGGAAUGAGCCAUUGUUUUUAUUAUUUCAAUUAUUCUUUUCUUAGCUGCCCCCUUUUUUUAGCUCAUAGAGCAUACAUCCUGUCAGUGUUUGUGUGGAAUUGGUUGUGUGGAAUUUGGAAGUGAGUUCUUGUCUCCAGAGCUCAGUUGAGUUGAGCUGACCAUGUUUGAUUGAAAAAUUACAACAUAUAUAUAUAUAUAGUUUUUCUCCAACAAUGGGGCUGAAUAAUACCUUCAUUUUGUCCGCGCCUGUAGAAGAUGAAAUUGGAAUGAGAAAAAAAACCCAGCUUCAUUGCUUUGAGAAAGGAGAUAAUUAUCAUUCAACAAGAUGACCUGAAGAGAGAAGAUUCCUACUUGUUUCAGAAAGGUGAGCAAGAGUCAUGCAUUUGAGCUUCCAAGGAAAAAAUCUUUUUUUCUUUGACAGAAGGUUUGUAAAAGAAUAUUGAAACAUUAGCCCUGUACUGAAUGUGAGAAGAGUUUGAUAGUUCAAAAUGAUACCAUUCCAGAAACUCGAAGUCACAUAACAGUCCUCGCCCAUUAUUUUUGUGAAUGGGAUCAUUCUGGUGCUAAAGCAAUACAAGUUUAUUUUCUGGAAUAGGUAAUCAUAGCCCAUCUGCAGUAGAGAGGAACAUGUAGCAUUUUAGUGUGAUGUAUGAUUUAGAGAAACCCAGACAAGGGGCAAUAAAACAUCUACUUGCUGUCCUUUCUCCUCUGACGGGAGAUGCUGCUUUUUUGUCUCUUAAGGCCCUAGAGCCAAAGUGCCAAAACCCAAAGAGAAGGGUGCAGCCAGUGAACUUCUGAUUUGUAACUGGGAAUAUUAUUGAUGAAUUGGGUUGUGGUGGGAAAUGGUGAGUAAAUCUUCCCCCCCCCCCCCCCCCCCACGUUAUUACUUUUGCAAACAUGGGGUGACUCCCAGUCUGUAAUCUAAGAUAUACAGAUGUUCCACUGUAUAUGCCCCUUGUCCAUUAUUUUUCUAUCUCUGCCUACUCUAGUCUUUGAUAGUCUAAUCAAGUCCUAGAACCACAGGGCAAUGAACCUCAGAGGUAUGAAGAGGUCUGGAUUAUGUUCAGGUAACAAGAAGCAUUGUUUUAUGUUUGUUUUCUCCAGUCAACCUUACCAUAGUUUCAUUUUCUGUAAGUUGUCUCCUAACUAACUGUGCUCCCUGCUUAACUAAAAAUUGCUGCAAUAAAGCUGUUUUAGAAACCAAA